AUAAAGCUGUACCUGUACCUGCGGUACCUACGGUACGGUACCGUAUACAUGCAUUAUGUACUAACAUCAUUGAAUACCGUACCAUGGUACCAGUACCACGGUACCUACGGUACCUACCUACGGUACGGUAGGUACUGUGUGUAAUACUAAGCACGCAUGUCUGUGGAGGAAAUACGCUUGCGUCAUGCUAGGCGGCUGUCCAAAGCACAUCAGACAAACUCAGUCGAAAACGCAGGACUUCUUGUUCAUGCCCAAAAAGCGCCUCGGCUAUCGAACCCGCAUACGGCUCUCUACUCCAUCAUGUUAGAGCAAUGUCGCUCUUUCGCUAUUGCCCUUAGAAACGCCGCUCCACGAAUAGCGCGAGCGUGCAUGUGGUGGUGCGACGAGAUGCGCUCCGAUGAGCAUGCACUGCUCAAUUCUGCCAUUACAGAAAUGGAAAGGUGUCUCGGUUACGGCUCCGGCGGUGCGGGAUGUUGUGCGUCUGCCGGCUUGCUCAAUCCAGGAGCACAAUCAAUAUCUUAUGUCGCAGCUAGUCAACAUGGUCGCAUAGGGGGGUGUAGUAUCAAAGCCGGACAAGGCAUGGCCUUCAAAUGCAUUGAUGAAAACAAAACUAUCGUAGUUCCAAAUCUUUACAUGGCGAAGCGCCUUGGCGUGCAUGUUUCGAAAAAUUCGCGCGAUAUUUUUCCUUGUGUUUGCACGCCAUUGCGUGCAGAGUUUGGGCGGCCAAUUGGUGUACUAUCAGUUGACAGUUUGAGUAUCGAUACCGAUAUUCUGGCUGGGAAUGCCAACCCAGUAGAUUUUCAUGAGAGACUUGCUCCCUUUUUGGAAAACAACGAUGAGGCAUGCAGGCGCGUUCCAUUCUGGAGAAUGGAAAAGCAAAGCAUGGUUAAUCCUAGCACUCGCAUAGCUGCCCGUGUUAUCCACGGUCAAAUUUCCAGCAUUGAACGACGUGGGCACCUUGGCUCUGUUUAUGGUCUCUGCUGGGAAGAUGGGUUGUGCGAGCAUAAUAUACCUUUUCGAACAAUAAAGGAAAGGCUCCGCUCGACGCCAGCACUCUUCGGCAUCGGUGUGCCGUGUGAUGCUGCUCUUCUAGGUUUUGUUGAGUACACUGGCAAGGUUAUUGGAGAACAAUUGAUAAGGUUGAUUUUUGCGGCCAAUCGAGUGUAAUAGUUUGUUUGGGCUUAGGCUUCGACUAAGAGUGCAUGCCAGCGACAUCAAGCAGGUUCCUUACGUGCCAAAUAUCACCAUCACAGAUCUCUUCCACAACAGUCUUGCAUCAAUGAUGUGUUGCAUAGUCCAUGCAGAAGCUGCAGAAAUUUGGGAAUAUGAUGCUCACCAACAACUGAGUGUAAUUGCUCGGAUGGGGCAUAACUUUGCCUUUUGCACAAUGUCAACUACAAGGCGUUUAUUGGAGAUACCAGCACAUAAGCGAUAUUUGUUUUGGGACAAAAUCAAGGGCGCUUUGACCUUUCCGAUGCCCUUUGUUAAUCAUACUAUGGUUACUCCAUUUGCUUGCUAUCAACCAAAAAAAGAGAAAAAGGGUCUUCUAUUGGUGACAUUAUGCGCAUUUCACAAUUUGGACGCCAAUGAUCUCAUUUUCAUUCACAAAAUGGGUUCUGCUCUUACAAGUGCACACGAAUGGAUGAGUUUGCGCGAGGCUCGAGCACAAAUGCGCAAGCUUGCAUUGCAACGUAUUGGUUCAAUGUGCCUAGAUCAUGGGACUACAGUGCGUGAGCUCAUACCGGCACUCCGCACUCGUGUGAGUCAAUGUUUUCCUCAAUCAUCUGUUCAACUUGGAUACUUGGAACUUGGUGGUGAUCGUGUAACCAUCAUGGGUAAUGUUGAGUAUCGUCGGAACAAAAGCCUAGAAUUCGAUUGUGUUCCUCCUGCAAUAUGUGCUAGUUUGACGGUUUCGAAUCCUGUUAAAAUUCAGCGAAAGGAGUACCUGCCUGGGACAAGAGUGCAGGUCCAGUAUGGGAAGUUGUGGUAUUUGGCUGUCAUACAUUUAAAUCGAGGGCAUCUCACAUAUGAUGUGACUUAUGAUCUUAAAGAUUGGAUGGGAAGGCCCGUGCGUGAAGCUGGUGUCCCGAUUGCGCGACUCAAGCCCAUACCUGCGAGGCAAUUUAGGGGUUUUCCACAGUGCCGGUGCGAGGUCAAAACGACGGCGCACGACGACAUACACUGCUGGCCAUAUCUUUUGGUACCUUUAGGCUGCAUGCGAGGUAUUAUCUACUUCAGCUCCUGGGCAAUUUCAAGCCCCGAACCUAAUUUUGAUGAAUUGAACAUCAUUGGGUUCUUACAAACUGCUGGCAUUAGUUUAGGAAUGGCGAUGGACGAUAAAGUUCGUGGUGGUGCGCUGCGGUACAUGCGAUCGUUCACUAAGAAUAGUGUGUCGCUUUCGAGCAAGGAGAUCAAAAAGAAAAUGAUUUGGCUACUAAACGAGUGUGCAAUGCUUGCGAAGUCUCUUUUGCUUUACAAUUUAGUAGACUUAUACUCAAAUGCUCGUUUUUUGCCGGUGAGCAAAAACUCAAAUAUGACAAGUCUUAUUAUACGCUGCAUGGAGAUAUCAACUAAUCUGAGUCUGCUCGAUUCGUCUCUACUCAUCGAGUCAGAUGCAGUAUAUACUGUAUUUUUGACCGUUUUUGAUGAAACCAAGAAGGUGCUCAAUAGUCGCAACUCAGCAGUAGUCAGUUCCAGGAGUUUUAUUUUUCUCUCGUACAAAGUAGAGUCCGUCAGUUUGACAUUUAAGCCAACUCGUUAUCUCUAGGUCAAAAUACACAGCAAUUACCCGCGAGGACAUGGCAUUUUGUAUGAAGCUUAGUGAACUUGCCAAAGUACCAUUGGCCCAAAUAUCUACCUUGGAGCAAUCGGCUUUAUUGAGAAUCAAGACUCUCCGGGCACUGGAAGCACUGAUCAAGCAUAAACCUGCUGAGCUGUCACGAAGCUUACAGAUUGCCGGCACACACAUUUCAGAAACAGUUAAUCGGCUGAAUGUAUUUAUUGCCUAUGUGCUACCAGACGAUGGUCCGCUUCGUAUUGUGUGGUCUUCAACUAAGCCUCUGAAGGCGGGACCAAGCGCAAAUACCUUAUUAAUCAAGCGCAGAUCAAAGCAUCUUAUGGUUCAAUGUCUAAUCACCAAGCAACCCAUUGUUUUUGAGGAACUGGGCGAGGCAGCGCACAAGCUGCAUUACUCAAAGUCAAGAGGUACAAAGUUUUGGCCUUGGAUAUGUGCACCAGUGACUACACGUGGCAUUCUUGUUUUGGAUGCGGGGCUGCAGUCGGUUGCCUUAAGCUCAGGUGACUUCGAUUUCUGUGAAUCAGCCGCUACGAUCCUUGGGUCCACUAUUGAUAUGCAAUGCAAAGCAUCCGAGUUGUCUGCACUCCGACAGAUGGAGCAUUGUCACGGCAAACACCAGGUGUCUACAAGGGACAUAUACCUGAGAGCUCUAGGCGCCAUUUACCGUCAACUGAGUUUCCCGUGUCGCCUGUCAGUAUUGCAAAUGCGCUCGUGGUCAUUCGAAGGUAAUAAAAUAUAUAGCAGUGGGAAAUGCGAUGUUUCAUUCACCGCUAUCACGCUGCUGCUUCGCUUGCUCAGCAUUCAAGGUCCCUAUGAGCUAGUUACCCCUCUAGUGGGUAUUAUGUAUCUCAAUAAUGUUGAGACCGGGCGAACUUAUACAAAAGAACAAAAUCCAUCAUGCUUUAAGUCAGAGCUUUUCUCGAUCCCGCUUAGAGUGAAUUGGUUGUCAUGUUGUCUCCGGGUUGAAAUUUGGAAGGUGGAGUCUGAGCCGAGUAUAUUAAACCCUCUCAAGGUCGCUCGUUUGAUUGGGUCUGCGGAGCUGAGUGGCAGCUACUACCUUCAUUUAUCCGACUGCUCACGAGCAUAUCCGCUUGUUGAUACGUGCUAUCAGCCGCUAUCACCCUCGCUAAAACUCCUAUUCGAUCUGACCCUUCAAAAUAGCACGGCGUUUGGUCCCUCCACGGUACCCGCCAUAUCCACUUCACUAUAUCAAGAGCGUCCGCACCUGCACUUAAUACGUGCUUCUGCUGAGAGUAUGCUACCUCAGCCUGGGCAAUAUAUUUGCGUUUUCUGUGCGGAAGAUGGCUCUGAAUAUGGCAGGACACAAACCUCGCCUCAUACAAUGUGCCCAGAAUGGAACAACUUAAAUAUAUCUCUAUCCCGUAUUAUCUAUCCCACACCCUGCACAAUGCGAGUCGAAUUGAGGUCUACUACAUGCUACAAGUCUCAUCAGGUCAUUGGGUCCGCUAUCGUUUCUGGCUCGUCCUUGAUAUAUUUGCCCCGCAACUUGUCUGAAUUGCGGCUCCGCCUGACGAAUAUGUGUAAAACACCAGACCAGGUGGACUCACCGUCACAAUUCGAACAAGAAUAUAUUGUUAUUCUGCUGCGCUUUGGGCAAACGAGAAAUGAUGUUUCCAAGCUAAAUCGCAACCUGAUAUCAUACCCAGCAGCAUCUGUGGCCCGCCUGGUCAACGGCAUACUGGAGUUUCGAACUGUUGCGAUAGCUCCUGAUGCUCAUUUCAGAGCAGAGGCCAGAUCCAACGCGAAGACUUCGCAUGUUGUACCAUUCAGUGAUUUUGCAAUUAGAAUAGGUGAGCGCAUUGUUGGACCAGCUGGCGGAACCUGCUUUGCUGUUGUCGUAGCCUGUGCUCCAGGCGCUUUAGGCAGAGAGCAUAUCUCGUUCAUUGAUGAUGUUACAAAGUUGCUGGAAGCUAACAUAAGGCAUUUGCGUCACAGAGAACUUCGCAGCUGUGCUCGAGCUCAUGGGUUCAAUCGAACGUUGGCUGUUUGCAAACAGUGGGCCAGUAUCUCACUGCCUGAGCUUUUCAAUGAUGUGCUGCAUAUUUCAAGCCAGUGCUUGCCUGGCUGUUGUGUAUAUUUGUCAUUACUUCAACCUGGUGGAGACGAACUAAGAUGCGUGGCGUCUAAUACUCAAAGCAACAUGUACGGAAAAAGGUUACUGCGAGGUCAGGGGGUCAGCUUUAACUGCCUGGAACCUGCAACCAACAAAGACAUUGUCGUUGGCUUGAGCACUGAGCACGUUCAUGUUUUCAAUCAACAAAAUUAUGGAUUGCCAUACCUUUGUGUCCCACUGAAACACCAUAGAAGUAGAUUGGGUGUGCUAGCUACUGACACAUUUGAAUUUGUCAGUAAAGUUUGCAAGGGACCUAAGGAGCAUCUUGAGGACGGAGUCUUGGAAUUCCUCAUGGGGCUAGGCGCCAUCGUGGGGCGAGCCAUUGACCUGCGAAGAAAGUGUGAUUCUCUGGCUUCGUUGCAUAUCAAGCCUUUCCGGUCUCCAGCUGCGAUAUUGAAUAUGUCCCUGCGUGCUAUCUUCUCAAACAUUAUAUUUGCGCUUGCUUGCGAAUUCUGGCAAAUGGAUGAGGAGCGAAAGCUUCGUGCCAUUUUGAGCGUCAAACCAGGCUCCAAAAUGUUUCUUUAUGGUAUUUGGGGUCAACCUAGCGUGAUGAGCACAAUAUACCCAUAUACGACCGACAUGCUCUUGGGAAAUUUGCUCGAUGCCAUAGCACAUGCCAACAGAAUGGAGCCAAAGCUGAUCGGUAAGCCUUGCCAGAUGAUAAUCAUUCCUUUCAUUGAGUUUUCAAAAUGUCAUGCCAUUUCUCUCGUACCCACACGAGACUUCAAGCCGUGUGAUGCAGCUCAAAGCUAUAUUAUGGCAAUUGCAAAGGACACGCAACGCAUCCUAAUUGAGUUUGAUUCUUCCAAGAGCACCAUCAGGGCGCAGAAACACUAGGAAUGCAUGGAAAAAACAAAACCUGAAAGGCUGCCAUGGCCAUCACCACGAACUAUGCGUCAUAAAAGACAGACAGAUAUCGCUGCUGGCAACAGCCACGCGGGGCACUUGCGGUGUGCCCGUCCCAGGAGUAUUUAUUUACUUGUUUAUUUAUUUGGGUCCCAGAUAGACUAGAGAGGAUGCCAGAUGAGUUUGGUCAGAUAGCAAACGAUUUAGUGGCCCACGAACGUUGCGACGGUGCCUGGCUCGGGCGUUUUGAGGUGGUCUCGAGACUAGCUGACUACCGGACAACAAUUCAUCGAAACGGUGCCCGGUCCACACCCACGCCCUCGUGCACGCAGAUUAGCGGCGAGUUUGUUCUACCCCGAAGGGUAGAAGUCAGCCUGAGGUCACUGUCACCAGGCACACUGGCCCAUGGGCCGCCCCGUUGCCAGAAGCAGGCAGUUUAUUUAUAAAUUAUGCAAAAAGGUAUAAACUCCUCCAGGGUCAGCUGCCCUGAGGGCAGCUAACCCUGGAGGAGUUCACACCUUUUCCCCUGCGGGGGGCUGCUCCGCAAGGGUGCUAAAUCCGGCGUGGGGGGUGAUGGUUCGGGUUUAAGACUUUUUGAUUCUUAUAAA